AGGUGACUGAAUAUGUUUAUGAAGAAGAAAUGGAGGAGGCUUACAGAAGUAGUUUGUUCAAAUCUUUCACUAAAACUCUCGAAGAUGGCUUCUUCCCUGUUGUUAUUGUGGAUGCGAUUCAUGAUAAGGUAAGGUUUGGUUACCAUGGUUUCUUAAAUUCGCCAGCUAGUAUCACCUUGUACAGCAUAAUAAACAGUAUCAGAUGAAAGUACUGCUUAAUAGCUUUCAUUUGAAUGGUCACACCAUAGGAUUUCAUCCACAGACUCAAAAGUUAGAAUCACCUUGUACAGCUUAAUAAACAGUACCACAGGAAAGUACUGCUCAGUGGCUUUUAUUUGAAUGGUCACACCAUAGGAUUUCAUCCACAGACUCAAAACUCAAAAGUUAGAACCACCUUGUACAGCAUAAUAACCAGUACCACAGGAGAGUACUGCUCAGUAGGCUUCAAUUGAAUGGUAACACCAUAGGAUUUCAUCCACAGACUCAGAAGUUAGAACCACCUUGUACAGCGUAAUAAAUAGUACCACAGGAAAGUGCUGCUCAGUAGCUUUCAUUUGAAUGGUCACACCAUAGGAUUUCAUCCACAGACUCAAAACUCAAAAGUCAGAACCACCUUGUACAGCAUAAUAACCAGUACCACAGGAAAGUACUGCUCAGUAGGCUUCAAUUGAAUGGUAACACCAUAGGAUUUCAUCCACAGACUCAAACGCUAGAAAUUGUUAUUGUGAUUCCGUGAUCAAGUUUGGGAUGGUAUGGUUUAUUGUCAAAUGAGGCUAUUGGGUGAAUUGAUCACAGUGAAACGUCACUGGUAUGGGCAGUUAGGAUGUUGGUAUUUUCAUAGCAAAGCUAUGAAUAGGAUUGUCCAGUUAUACAUGUACCAAGAUUGAACAACAUCGAUUUUCUCCUAACAAAGAUACAUAUUCAAAGGAAAAGGUUUUGAGACUUAACAAAACUGAUCAGCAAAGUGAAAAUGCUUUAAUCUUUGUGAAAUCUUUGGAAAAUGUUUGGAGAUCGGUCUGGAGAAUUUGAAUGUGGAUCUUGGGGAUUAAAGGGUUGGAUGACUAGGUUCUUGUUGUUGUUCUCUUGUUGUUCCAUUUAUUUAUUUAUUUAUUUAUUUAUUUAUCCAGGGGCAUCCAAUUUAGCAGAGCUAGUUUAAAUGGAGUCCUGACAAAACACAAAAACAAAGACAUUAAAACAUUAAAAUUAGACAAUUCAGUUAAGACAACAUGUAACGCAGGUGUUACUGUUUAAAGUGGCGCUUUAGCUUGAUUUUGAAUUCACUGAGGGUCUGUACUUGUCUAAUGAUUCUCGGUAGGGCGUUGUAGGUCCGAGCACCGUUGAUUCUGAAGGUACCAUGGUAUUUGGUAGUUUUUGCGAAGGGAGGGCGCAGCAAAUCACGACUUCUGGUGUUCCAGAUGCAAAACUUUUUAAAUUCAUCUUGUGGGUGAUCUUUUGCGUCUUUAGGUUGAGCAUUUUGAGAAAUAUUGGAGUCAUGCAAAACAAAAGGGUUUCGAGGUAAGAAUUCUGAAAGGUAUUGUUUUAAAAGUACUCUUCAAGUAAUCAGACAGAGAUGUUUCUUUGACAAUCGUGAGACCAAACAAAGGAAAGGACACUGUAUCUUCACCAAUUAUCCGUCAAGAGGUAAAUAUGUAGGGCGCUUCAAAUAAUAAAAGUAUUUGUUUUGUCUUGCAAAAUAUCGUCAUGUCGCAACUUGAGUAGAUAAGUCGUCUUUCACCCAGUCGCGUGUACGCUCUUGUGAAAAUCAGUGUGCUGUGUAGCUGUCGACUUUUUGGUACAGCAUUCUUUCCUUACCAUUCAGUAAACCCAAGCCUAAGGCAAGAUGUACUCCUAUUAGUGCUGAAAUCAGGACAGUUGAUAGCCAAUCAGAUUUAAGAAUAGUUAUCAUGAUUUAAGCCGUAAUCUGUGUGUUUUGUUACACAGGUGUAUGUUGCUGAGUUAAUGGCCGACGCGCAUGAUUGUGCUAAGCGGAACAGUCACAAUCGCACCUUUGAGGAAAUCAACAAGGUCAGUUCUUGAUCUAUAUCAAACAUGAGAGGAAUUGUCUCAUCUGAUAUCCAAACAUCGAGAAGUAAGAUAUCGAACACGAGAAGAAGUGUUUCAUUUGAUAUCCCAACACUGAGAAGUUAUAUAUCAAACACGAGAAGGAGAGUGUUUCAUCUGAUAUUCAAACAUCGAAAAGUGGGUUAAAAAAGCUCUGGUAUUCAACUGCUAAGUUUUGAGGGGCCGACAUGUCUGGCCGUGAGAAGGUCCAAGAUCCCUGUCAAGGAAUGAGCAGAGGCUUCUUUAGCAAAAUUUUGUGCCCCCAUUUGAUGCGCCGAAGUAACUUGCAGAAGUAGUGUUUUACAAGGCGAUACCUGCAAUACCAGAAAGUAAGAUCUUUUGUUAAGGAAACUGUUGUUAUAUUUCAGAUGAUAUCGGCUUGGGAGGAGACUCCAGUUCAUCAUCUAAGACUUGAUGUAAGAUCAUUGCUGCAAGAUGCUGUUAUUACCGAGGUUCGUGCUCACCAUAAACGCCUGACGUUUGUAAUUGUAAUGAAAACAUAUCGCACGAUGCAGACAGUCAAUUUGCUCGGAAGUUGAUUUGUCGACAGCGAAUGGCCUGGAAUUGAAAUGGAACGUGAAUUUCCCUGAUAAUAAACCGUGUCACAUCGCCUUUUUCGAGCAGGAACUAGUUAAUUCUGCGCAUAAAAACAACGGCCCAAUGUGAAAGACAACUAGUUUUAUAGUUUUCGUUCUUAAAACGCCUUUACCAAAGGUUCAAGUGUUUUAAGUAUAAAAAAUUGUUCACAGUGCACAGUAAUAGGAAUAGUCGUUCAUUAUUACUUCAUUCCGUGAUUUUUUAUUUAACACAACAAAAAACUUCAGUUAAUUCACGUACAGAGGUGGUAUUUGCCACCUUUUGAUUACACAUUUUGUAAUGUGGCCCGCUCAAAUACUUUUGGCGGGAAACGGUGUUGUUUUUAGACGACAUGUGACCUCGAAGUAGUAGCCAAUGAGAACGCGCGCUAUAUAACAUUAACCAAUCACUUUUGGUUCCUUUUGGUUAAGGUUGAGAUGGAGACAGCAGAUGAAACCGCUGAUGGAGCUGAGGCAGGAACGCAGGCACAAGAGCAGACAGCACAGGAGGACCAAGGGGAGGUAGGAAAAAUAACGUAAAACUAAAAGAAAAAUAUUACAUUGCAGCGUUAAAAUACCACGGGAUAAAGGCAUGCAAGGUUAAGGUAGGAUGGUAAAUAAAUUUUAGUAAAUAAGUCAAACUGUAAAAUUAAAAAAACUGAUAUUGACUUUCAUUAAGCCACAUAAAAAAUAACAACAUGUUGAAAAUAGAACAUCAGAGAUAAGAACUUUGCCACCCAAAACUAUGUUUUGGGGCGCAAAAGUAAAAGUUGAAAAGAUAACGAUCUUCUAAAUGGCAAAGAAGUUAGACUCCGUACAAGGGUGGUAUACAAUGCAUGAUACAUUCAUUCUUGACGGUUGAAAAAGAAAUGAAAAAAAAAUUGAAAUAAUAACAAAAAAGGAAGAAAGAAAAAGCAGCCUAAGAAAUAUAAAUACAAGCUGGCUGUUUUAGUUCAUCACGUCAGGAAAAAAAGCUCAAAAGCGCAAAAGCCUUAAAUUUCAGUGAAAGACAUUUUGCUGUAAAAGGUUGAUUAUUGUGACAAGAAAUAAAAACCUGUGUCUAAACCAGAAGAAAAAGUAAAAUACAUCAAAGAUACCCCCCCUCCCCCUUCCCCUUUCCUUCUCCUCAAUAAAGAAACCAUUUUUAAGAAGGUUGACCAAAUGAGCCCGAAUCUGACCCUUUCUCCCCAAUUCCCAAAAUGAUUCCCCGAAUAAGCGACAGGCCAAUUUCACUAAAAGCCCUGCCGCAGUUUCCCGAUUAAUCCCCAACGCCAUACCCGAACAAAUAAUAACUUAAUUCCAAGAACCUAUCCCGGAAACAGUUCCCAUGCAGAGAAAACUGUAACACAAUUCCUGCAACAACUCCCAACAAAAUCCCCCCAAUACCUCAUUAGCUGUAUUUUGUUUGUAUUGGCCUCGUAUAGUUCCUUUUCACUGGGUCUGUUAAUUAUUUCAGAUCAGUGUAGGUUUCUGAGCACCUCCCCCUCCCUUAAGCCAACAUUUGCCCUAAGUGAGAAGUAAGGGCAAAUGUUGGCUUAGGGAAGGGGUAGGUGGGCAGUUUCCCGGAAACCUAAAUUGAUCCAUCAUUUCAGCCUAAGAUACAGGUGCCUUCACGCAGCAAAUGGGAAGACAUAGAGCCAGCGGAAGACAAACUGAGUAAGUAACCCUUCAUGUAGUAUUGCACCAAAACACUAACUGAACUUGUUUCUAAGCAGCACGUUAGUAUCAAAGGAUUUAUAGCUCACUGACAAAGUUGAAGGUAGGUUAACCGAAAGUGGUGAGAAUUUGUCCAGCUGCUCUUGACGCCAGAAAUAGGACUGACGUUUUGUUGACGUGUUGGUGGCAUCCCCGCGUUACAGUGAGUUUUUUGUUUACAAGUCUUUAUCGCCCAUUUGCUAGAUAAACUGGAUGGCAUUCGGCCAAUGAAAAGAAAAGAGAAGAGUCGCCUCCGUUCCUCCCUAGUGACGAUGACGACCCUUAUGACGAACGCGAAGAGGACAUGCGCAUUGGCAAGAAGAGGGUAAUAAUGAUAAUAAUAAUAAUAAUAAUAAUAAUAAUAAUAAUAAUAAUAAUAAUAAUGGUUUAAUAUCAGUACAUCCAUGGUAUGGCUCUUCGCCCGAUAUAAGAGUAAAAUAAGGAAAUAAAAAAGUAAAAAAAUAAAAAUACAUAAAUCUGAAUUAUGAAUUUGUAAAAAGCUAGGUAAUAAACAGUAAAAUGUAAUUAUACAAUAUAUACAUUAUUUAAAACUAGGCAAGAAAUUAUUCCGCCCUAAAGUUCUGAUUGUGAUACCUAAUCAGCACUUUCGCACAAAACAUUUCUGAAGAUGUUAAUUAAGUAAUUUAUUUAUCUGCAGAGUUUUAGCGAGGCAAGGUUGAACGCGACUGACACCUGAGAAAGCUCUCAAUAUUAAUGUUCGCGAGGCCUGGAGGGAGGGCUGUUACCAGUUUUAUGAUGUUGAGUUUAUAGGAACUGUAUCUCCAACUUUAUCAGAGUUCAAACAGUGGUAACGGGCAACAAACUGAGCAAAACAUAGAAAUGAUAGCUAAAAACAUGAAAAAAAAGGUAGAAAGAACACAGCAAAUACAAAAAGAGGCACGAAAAAAGAUUGAAGCGGAUUGGAAAUUGUGGUUUUCGAAAACGUAUUAGCCUAACAGGUUUUCAAAGUUCAUGUUUGUUGUUUGUAACGUUUGAUAUAAUGCUUGAAAGACGUAUUUGUUUGACUCGAAACUGCGAUUUUGUAGUUGAUAGGGGCGUAGCCAGCUUUUGAAAUGGUUGUAGGCUUGACUGACUUUCAUUUCCACAUAUCCUGAAAAUUGCACGCAUGACCAGUACGCAGGGACCUCAACAACACUUUGAGCUCAGAAGCUUUUUAUCUCACCCCAACAACAUUAUUUAUUACAAGCGGUAGAGUGAUCAAACCAAAAAUUUGAAGGUCCCCUUGCAACUCAACUUGAUCAUGUAAAAAGGAACAUUGUAAUAUUAUCAUACCUGCCAACUUUUUCUAAGUCAAAUGCGUGAGGGUUUCGUCUUGUCGUUACCGGAAUUUCCGAACAUUUCCGACGAUUUUCCGAAGACGUCCGAACGUUGCCGAAAAUGUCCGAAGAUGCUACGAAUAAGUUCUCGUAAUUUGCGUUAUUAACAAAACCGUGACACUUGCAGUCCCUUUGAUAUUCACUUGUCAUUACUUGUUUGUGUUGUUCAGGUUCGGUGGGCGGAUCUGGAGGAAAAGAAGGUACUCGAACACAGAAGAAGAAUCGGCUUUUGCAUAGGUACCGACUGGAGCUUGUUAACGGAUCCGAACGCUGAAAUCCCGCGUAUGUAGCGAUUUAAUAGUAUGGUGAGUUUUAAACCUAUUCCUGGCCGUCCACUGGGCGCUCGCCACGAAGGAAUUGGAUUAUCAUUUGUAAUUUGCGUGGUCUUUCAUGUUCAGUUGUUGUUAAGGAGCGAUUAAGGAUCGCAAAUGAUACAACUUGUGCGACAAUGGGUGUGGUAUUUUUUUCCUGUCAGUGGAAUAUUGCACUUACAAAUAAAGAAGGACUAAACAUGGUCCUUCGAGCCUGAUAAGCAACAUCAGAUUAUUCUAGCUCACAGAACGAAUUCGGUACACAAUACUACUUUAAGUCACGCGUCUUUGUUUUCUGUCGUUGGAGGGAUAUGAAAACAUUUGAAGCUGAAAAAAAAAAAAAAGGAAACAGUUUUAUCACACAAGUUUACAGCUAGAAUGAAAUUUUUCUUUUCUGUCCUUACAACUAACUUUAAUUUUGUUUCCUCCACGUUUAGGUUCCUCAGAAGUUCCGGCAAGACAACGGCCUUCUGAACAGUUGCAAGGCGAGAAAAAACAAGACAAUUUGCGAUGGGAUUUUUUUAUUUAACUUUUACUCAAAGAGUGCCCCCAAUCAACACAUUGAAGAGAAAUUCAAAAUUUCAGGUUAUUAAAUAGUAACAAAAUAAAUAGGACCAUGUGAAUGUACUACGAAGUAGCUUUCACUUGAAUCGUUGCACCAAAAGAUUUCAUCCACAGACUCAAAAGUUAGAGCUCCAUGCAUUACAUGACAACAUAAUUCACCCUAGAGAAAAGGUUAAAACUCUAUCGUUCUCCCUGAAGCUGAACUCUAAGGCCUAAUUCUACAAUUCAUUCCAAUACUACAUUUCGUUUUGUUCAACGUAUUUGUACAAAUUUUUAUGUCGUUAGUAGUUAAAUGCAAAGCAUGGAAGUGCAGUUCCUGUGGAAUUAUAAAAAAUCGUUGCUAGGUUCUAGGAAUAAAUUAAAUACAUAUGUUGUAUCCGCUGGAUUCUGUGGUUUAACCACAGAUUUUGAGUGUUUUGAAUGAGGUUUAUGUGUGUUACAAAACUCAAACCCAAUUUUCAGCCUUGUGGUUUUUGAUCAACAAGGAGAAAAAAACACAUUUAAAUAUUGAUGAG